AAAGUAUUUAUUUCGCGGUCAGUAAUUAUGAAUAUUGUCAAAAUAAUCAAGUGAAAGUCUAAGGUAAUUUUAAUGACGGUUAAGAGCGUGUAACUCAAACAAUGAACUCGUAUUAUGUAGUAAAAACAGAAUUAAAACAAUCAAACAUUUAUAAGAUAACACAAGAUGUACCGAAAUGAACUGUCAAGAAAACGAAACCAAAAAGUUUAUAACCAUGUCUUCAUCCUUGACGAAUACAAAAUAAAAAAUAAAAAUUAUAAGUAAAUUAAUAAACAGCGAAUUUCACUCGUUUUAAGAUGCGCGUCGUGGAUGCGCAUAUGUCGAAACGCAUUCGAAGGCAGUUGACCACUGGCCGGCAUCACCGCCGCACGCAUUCGCGAUCACACCUCCUUGCACCGAUAAAAAAAACAUCUACGGUUCUUGCGCGCGCAAUUUAAUUUAGCUAAUCUGUGAUGUGUAGUGCUCUGUAAUUUUUGUUGCAAGUUCUGUUGCUUAUUAAGUUAUAUUCUAUUUGGAUUUUAUGGUGAACGCUUUGGACUUUAUUAUGGUGUUCUGGGCGUCUAGGAAGGGUGCGUCAAUAUGCUGAUAAAUAUUGGGCCCAAGGCCCACCGGCUUGCCAAGAUAUGGUGACUUGUGACAACCAGAGCGCGCCUCUGGGCGGGUUCCGCCUGGGCGCGCGCGAGGAUGAGCCGCGGCGUGCGCGUGCGCCGUCCGUCUCCUCGCUCACCUACAAGCACAAGAUCGACGCGCUGUUCGACGACACAAGGUCGCUGAACAGCCACUAUGCGCCAGUGCAGCCGCUUGAGAGGGAACCUAAGGUCAGUUCAACGCAGGAAGGCAAAGUAACGAUAUACGAAGAUGACGACGGCUACUGUCAGAGCAAAAUCAGCAACAUGAACAACACGGUGCAGGACCGCAUCGAGCGCAUGUUCGCAGACAUGGCGGGCGAGUCCAAGCAGCCGGCCGAGAGCAUCGGCGUGCACAUCUUCAACGUGCACUACCUCGGCUCCACGCCGCUCCACAGCAAGGUCACCAGCCUUUCCGGCCUCCAGACACCGCUCAGAGACCUCUACUUCACCUACAGAAGAAAUUACCGCCAUAAAAACGGACUCAACGGCCGGCUAGAAAUCUCGAAAAGCGGCCUCAAGGUCAAAUACAAAGGAGACAAAGGCGACCUUGAACAACUCAACCCCUUCCCCACGAUAGCAGUGUGGUCAGCUGUUAAGUUCGUCGUCCAGCCUUCCGAGUGCGACGACCGCGAUCUUUGCUACGCCUUCUUGCCCCUUAUCACCGAUCCUGAUAACAUCGACCGACAAGCCUUAUUCAAAACUUUAGAGUCACCAGACAAAAAGUAUAUCCUCUCCCACAACGAAAACUCGCAUUCACCCCUUUUCGCUGUAGUGAUGAGGAAGAUCGGCGUCGCGAAGCAGUUGGAGUGUCAUGGGUUUGUAUGCCAGACGACAGAGGACGCUAUCGUAGUAGCGGCCACGUUAUACAAAUCGCUGAUGGCGCACAUGAGCCGGCAGGGUCACAACGACAAGAAGAAGCUGAAGAAUCGAAACGGAGUCAGCUGUAUGAGCGUUGGUAGCAGCAUGUCGCCUAACGAUAUCCCGGUCAGGCCGCCGCGCAAAAAGCGGAGCACGUCUUCGCUGAGCGGCGACAGUGACCGAGCAGACGGGUACUCUGCUAGUGAGUCAUUCAUCGAGAAACCCAGACUGGAAAGGACCAAGAAGAUUUCUUCCGAGAGCCUGCCGCACCCGCCCCCACCUCCGUCGAUCAUCCCCGCCGAAAUGAAGAGAAUCACAGUGGAAGAAGUCAAAGCCAAACUGGAUUCAAUCAAACAUAACGACACAAGUGGUAGCGACACGCAGGACUCGAAGAAAUCACUGAAGAAACUCCAAAAUCCCAGCAUCCGUCAAUUACAGAACCUCAAAAAUAUACACAGUAGUGAAUCGUCCGUACGAAGCAAGGUUUCAGAAAAGAUCGAACUGUUUAGAGAGUUAGAAAGACGGAAAAGUUUACAAAGACCACCGACUUUGCCACCUCCAAUUCAUAUAAAACCGCCUUCGGAAGCCCCGCCAGAGCCUCCUAAAGAGCCUUUACGAAGGAGUCAAAGUGGAAGAAAGUCUAUAAACGAAUCUGGUGAUAUACUGACUAAAGUAGCGAUUCCUCGCUCGGGUAGCUUCCUAAACGCCGGCGGACUGACUAGGUACAAGUCAAUUGGACACAGGAAUAAUGGUAAAAAGGGAGGCGGUUCACCGUUAGGGUUCAAUGAACUUUUUAAUGAAUUCAAAGUUCAGGAGAACUUGCACUCGAUGGACGAGAUCCUCAACGCCAUAAUAGAUGCAGAAGGCAUGUCCUUCAAUGACCUCAAACCGAUAUACAAAGAAUUUCUACUGAAAUUAGCUGUGACUUUGACGAAAGACGAAAUCUUUCAGCACAGCAAAGCAAUCAUGAAGAAGCAAAAGAAGAAAAUACUAAGAAGGAACAGCAUGUUUCAGAACAAAAGACGAAAAAUAUUGAAAGGUGCCAGCGGUCUUCGCAUGGUCUUCCGACUACCAUUCGGCAAAGACUUAAAGAACAAAGAGAGCCAAGCUCCAGGCUGCGAAGAAAUAGUAAAGGACCCAGUGUCCGAGAGCUCCGUAUCUACCUCGAGCUACGACAUCCGGCAGUUUCGCCCCAAAGAGCCUAUGCUGCCUCCACCGAAACGGCAAGCCUCGAGACAGAGGCAUUCGAAAAGAUCCGACAAGGUCGUCCAGGUUUCAAAACGAACUGGAAAAUCCAGGCCUGGGGAAAGGACAUCGACUUCGGAAGACUCAGAUUUUCUUACCCUGAGCAAUAGGCUAGGCUGUCAAAACAGGAAUAGCUCAAGUGGAUAUGUGUCGUGUUCGGAAUGCGAGUCUGAGAGCUGUAUCGAUAGAUGUUACUGCUCUCUGAAAGGGGACAGUAAGUCUAAGUGUUAUUGUUCAGCUGUUGAAGCCAAGGAUCCAGCCAAGACCAAGCUUUUAAGUAAAAGCAAAAGCUGUAAAGAUUGCUACGGAGAAUACUACGACGGUGACUUCAGUUAUUGCUCGUGCGACUCGGAGAGCUGUGCCGACAGUAACAAGUGCUACUGCACGAGCCCGCGCCGCGUGCAGGCCUCGCACAGCAUGGAGUACCUGCGCAGCCCCACCAGCUCCUACUGCGAGCGGAUGAUGAGGUCCCACGAUGAAAAGAGCGGGAGGUCCAGUCGUUGGGGUGCCGCCGGCAGCGGUAGUGGCGCGCGGCGGCGCGGGGAGCGGGCGAGACGCGCGCGCUCCUCCGACAGCGUGGCGCUCGACUACGAGCUGCUGCUGCAGAACAAGCCAAGGGCUAGGAACAUGCAACGCCUUACUGUCCGCAGCACAGGCGCGGGCUCACAGGACGCACUAAGCGUAAAGAAAUCUGCUGAGAUGGCGGCGCUGUUCGCGGACGUGCGUCUGUCGCAGCGCACGGACGUGCGGGGGCUGGCGCGCGCGGGCGGGCGGGGCGCGCCCCCCCGCGCGCGCGCCCCCCUCGCCCCCGCGCUGUCGCUGCCGCACGUGGCCGCGGGGCUGCCGCACGCCGCGCUGAAGCCGCUCAGCAGGAACGCCAGCCUCGAAGACACACUCGGGUAUCUGCCUUGA